CUAUUUAGAGUCAUUCGGGGUAAACGCGCGCAUUAGGUAAGUGUGCGAAUUGUCUAUAUCUCAACGGCAGGGGAAGAUGGAAGUUAGUUACUGUCAGCCGAAUAGUGACGCUUGCAUACCAGUUAAAAUUAAACAGUAGCUGGAACUCUAUGCACAGUAAUCAAAUAAAUAUACGCAUAAUUAUAAAACAGCACGUAACAUCGAUAGAUUUUUGACUGCUGGAAAAGUGUGUUACGUCAAAUUAAGGAAGAAAAGAUAGACUUCUUAGUGCGUUAAAAGAUCGCUCGCAAGUGCAGGUAGAGUUUGGUAUAGUUAAUAAAAUUCUGAUGAAUUUUGUGAAUUCAUAAACAAAAUUACGGACCGAUUAAUUCUCGAUGGGAUGCCGAAGAUACAUAAAGUAGGCGAUCCUUUACGUAUAAUUUCAACUUAAGUCAACUUUCAAGACAAAUUCGUAUCCAGAAAAUCCCGUGUUUACGACAUUAUUACCUGUAAGCUAUCCACCAUGAUGAAAAUGAGACAUCCUUUGUUUACUCUGCUAAUUCUGUCGAUGAUGACUGUAAGCUUUGGAGACAAAGUGAAAAAUAUAUAUACAUGGAAAUUUCCUGAUUUUGAAUGGCUCUCUAAGAAACAGGAGGAAGACGCGAUACGUUCUAAUAUCUAUAAUCCUUCCAGCUGCGUGUUUGAAGAUGCAAAUGAAGCAGAAGAUGGAAGACUAUUCAUUACUAUUACCAACAUAAAUACACGUGCUUCACCUGUUUCUUUAACGACAGUAACUAAUAAGACAGGACUAGGAGGUCCAAUUUUACGACCAUAUCCUGAUUGGAGUUGGUAUAAUAACAGCUAUAUGUGUGAUGGUAUUAUAAAUGUUUAUCGAAUAGACAUUCAAUGCAAUCAUCUCUUCGUUCUGGAUGCCGGCAAAUUCGGAACCGAUCAAAUCUGUAAUCCAAAACUAUUGAUUUUCAAUUUAAAAGAUGAUACGCUAGUUAAAACUAUUUACAUCCCAAUUGAUAUUGCUACUAACAAAACGGGCUCUGGAUUAUUGAUUAUGCCUUUGGUUUAUAUUCCAAAUGGGAAAUGUACGCAGUUUCUGGAUGAAAUGAUAGUGUUUAUGGCUGACUCAGAAGGUUACGGUUUAGUGGUGUAUAACUCAUUUACAAAGAGUAUGUGCAGAAUCGAAUCUGAUUACAUGAAACCGACUGAUACUUCCUUCUCUAUAGCAGGCAAAAAUUUUACGUAUGUGGGCGGUAUCUUCAGUAUGACAAUCAUUGACGAUGAUCUAUAUUUUGCUGCUGUAUCAGGAAACAAAAUAUACAAAAUAAAAAUAAAGUACCUACUAAAGUGUCCAAACGAAAAAGAGGCUAAUAAACAAACUCGACUUGUUAAAAAAUUAUCAAGCCAGACAAUAGAUCUCACAUCAGCAGGACAAUCAAUAUUUUAUAGCGAUUUUCGGGCAAUGUCUAUUCUACGCACAAACGUUCAUACAAUAUGCAAUUUGAAUAAAACGGAGAUACUAGCGCAAGACAGCGAGAAAUUUCAAUCUGUAAGUUCGAUGAAAAUUUCAAGUAAUGAAUGUCAGCUAAAGUGCAUAUCUGAUAGAUUUCAACAUUAUCCUACAUUCAAUACAAAUGAAAUAAAUUUCCGUUAUUUCAAAAUCGAUUUGUGCUAAAGGAAAUACAGAAU